AUGGCUGGUAUGGUCCUAUACAAACUGGUCGUGUUAGGGGAUGGAGGCGUUGGUAAAUCGGCAUUGACCAUCCAGCUCACCUUAGAACACUUUGUUGAAACAUACGAACCGACUAUUGAAGACUCUUAUCGUAAACAGGUCAUAAUCGACGGAAAACCCUGCAUGCUCGAAAUAUUGGACACUGCCGGUCAAGAAGAGUAUACGGCUCUGCGAGAUGCAUGGAUCAGUGAUGGUGAUGGCUUUGUGCUUGUUUACUCUAUCACGAGUCGAUCCUCAUUCACAAGAAUAAAGAAAUUCCAUCAUCAAAUCAAGAGCGUGAAGGAGAGGGACGCACAUCCAAACCUCACGAUCACAAGUCCAGUAUGCCUGGUGGGAAACAAAUGUGACCGCGUCACAGAGAGAGAAGUUUCGGUGCAAGAAGGGCUUGCACUAGCCAACGAGCUUGGAUGUAGCUUUGUGGAGGCAUCGGCGAAGAAUAAUUUCAACACUGAGAAAAUGUUUUACGAUACCGCCCGUGUGAUAAGAAGCGAAAGGAUUAAAGUGGCCUCCAGCCAGGCCCGGUCGGGACAAUCAACAUCUCCGCGAAGUUCCCAUGGGACAUCAUAUCAAGUCAGGCGAAGUUGGUGGAGAAAGAGCAUUUUCAUAGAACCCAACGAAGGCCAGACCGAGGCAGGCCGGAAGAGACUGACGUAUUCGCUCGUUGAUGCAGCUAAGUCGAACCUUGAGCGAGAAGUACUUGCUUUUCUUGACGCUGGGGCAGAUAUUGACGGUCAGCCUGGACCAGAUGGAGCUGCCAUACAUGCGGCAUCCGUAUCUGGGCAUGCAAACAUUGUCAAUAUCCUAAUCAAACGAGGAACAGCUAUCAAUGCUAAAGGUCCUCCCGGAACAUCGCCGCUCCAGAUUGCGGCAGCAGAAGGCCAUUUGCCUGUAGUUAGAUUACUGAUUCAUAAAGGUACUCAAAUCGAUCAAACAAGUCAACUCCAUGGCCGCGCACUUUCUGCUGCGUCGUCUCGCGGACGGCUCGAAGUGGUACGGUACCUCCUCAAAAAGAAAGCUGAUGUCAAUGUUGACGGGGGACCAUAUGGUAACGCUCUACAAGCAGCUGCUUGGGCUGGAAAAGCACCUAUAGUAGAGCUCUUACUCGGAUCUGGUGCGGACAUCAAUGCCAGAGGUGCGGGAGGGUGUACUGCAUUACAAAUCGCUGCUUUUGGAGGCCACUCAAGCGUGAUUCGCAGCUUGCUCAAGCUCGGAGGUGCAAUUAAUAUAAAUGCGCAAGGGGCCCUCAUGAUUCUGAUUGAAUCCGGAGCUCGUGAUCCUUUGAAGUCUGUGGAGGAUAAACUCGGCCAAGAGAGGAGUGAUAGUGAAGCCAGAAAGUCAUUACAGGCUAGUAACAACUCAGCAGUGCUUAGACAGAUUUCUGGAACUAAGGACUAUACACAUGAGGAAGUUGUCUCUGUGGCACCGUUGAUCGAGGCAAACGAUAUUACUAUUCCCGUCGUUGAAGUACUUGCAAAGUCUAUGACCAGAUCAACGGCAAUUGCAAAAGACCCAACUUCCCAACCUUCGGUACGGCGGCCGCAUAUUAACUCGACUGGCUUUUCACAUAUCUUCGAUCCUGGGGACGCCGUGGUUGAUAUUAUAUUCGUUCAUGGUCUUCAGGGACAUCCUGAGCAGACAUGGACCUACCAGCCACAGUUGUUGAAGAAACGGUUCUCCCUAUCAUCAACCUCGAGACUAACAUUCGGCAACCAGCAAAAUGUGUUUUGGCCAUAUGAUCUUCUCGCUCAUGAAGACUCUUUUGCUAAGGCGCGAAUCUUGACUUGGGGUUAUGACAGUAAGGUCAUUACCGAAUUUUUCGGGACAAGCAACCAACACAACAUAUCACAGCAUGGAAAUGAUCUUAUGAUUGCGUUGCAACAAGAACGUAAACACAAUCCAUCUCGUCCCCUUAUUUUCGUGGCACACAGUUUGGGGGGUAUCCUGGUCAAAGUGGCCUUAGAUAGCUCGAAGCGAUCAGUACAUCAACCUCAAUAUUUGCCAAUAUAUACCUCUACCAAAGCGAUUCUGUUUCUCGGAACUCCUCAUGGCGGAAGUACCUCAACAAGCUGGGGGCUUUUAGCAAGUAAUCUGACCAAAUUUGCGCUCCAGAGCCCGUCUGAGAAGGUCUUAAAAGGCUUAAACGCAAACAGCGAACUGCUCGAGAAUUUAAGAAAGGUCUUUUUACAGAUGCUCGAGGACAACAAGUUCAUGAUCCACUCAUUUUUCGAGACGAAGCCCAUGUCAGGACUGUAUGGGCUUCAAGAUAGGGUUGUACCCUAUGAAUCAGCCCUAGUAGGUCAUGCGAGACAGGAGAUUGUACGAGGAAUUAAUGGGAACCAUUCCGAAAUUUGUAAGUUCAAGGACGCAACCGACCCUGGAUAUAAAGCCGUUUCUGGCGCUCUCGAGGACUAUAUUUUGGCGCUUAGGCAGGAGGUAGGAUUGGUUGUGUGA